AGGAAUUAGCUGUCCCUUAUCAGCCAUGCACCGCCACCUUAAAGAGGCCAUCCCAUUGGCUGAACCCAUUGUGUCCUGUCAGCUGACUUGAUGAACCCAAGUGCAUAUCCUGCAAAGAAUAGUUCAGAAAAAGGAUGAUAAAUUUUAUGACAGUGUUGCGCAAUUGCCACUGGCACGAGAAAGCUCCAUACUGGUAUUUACCCCUGGGAGGGUUAUUCCAAGGUGAUUAGGUGGGCUCUAUUUGAGACUGGAGUCAGGAUGGCAGGGAGUCAUUAUUUUCAUAAUCUGAGGGAGGAAAACAUUGGUCCCAGUGGAGUAUCCUGAGGUGGGUUAAAUAAGAGCUGGUGCUCCUCUAAUGGUGAUGAAGAGACGUAGAUCCUGGGAGGACAGGGGGCUCCUGGGAAGCAACACCGAGGACAACACAGACAACAGUGAACAGGAUGAGUCCUCAUCUCUGAGGUCGUCUUGGUCCCUGGCAGACACCAUGAACUACGUGGGCCAGCUGGCAGGUCAGGUGCUGGUGACCGUCAAAGAACUGUACAAGGGCAUUAAUCAGGCCACAUUAUCGGGCUGCAUCGAUGUUGUAGUUGUCCGCCAGAGAGAUGGCACCUACCAGUGCUCACCAUUUCACGUGCGCUUCGGCAAGCUGGGUGUGCUGCGCUCCAAAGAGAAAGUAAUUGACAUCGAAGUAAAUGGAGAGCCCGUAGACCUGCACAUGAAGCUUGGUGACAAUGGAGAAGCCUUCUUUGUCCAAGAAGCCGAGCAGCAGAAUCAGAUUGUCCCUGCCCACCUGGCCACCUCCCCAAUACCCACUGAGAGUCACCUGUUCUGGAUCUCAGAGGUGGAGCACAGGGCACCAAAAGAUCUGGAAGAUGACCCCGCUGACCCAGAGGACCCCCCUGAGCCUCCUGUUCCCAGCACCAUGACCACGAAAAAGAAGAAGAGACGGAGGAAGAAGCACAAAGGAGACCCACGAAGAGAGGAGCUGACCCCGCCCAUGUCAGUCACUACUGGUAAUGCUAUUGCUGCUAAUGCACCUGCUGCUACGACUGCUGCUAUGUCCAGCACUGGGCAAAAUGAAGAGAUCUUUGAAAUGGACCUGAGUUCAGAUGAGGAGGCUGCAGCACAUGUCUCUAGGUCACCUUCAGUGACCACAAUGCGUGACGUUGAUCCGAAAUUACCUGCAGCUAGACACAACCUUGAUGGUUAUUCAAUGUCUGAUGGGGACUGGCCAGCAGAUGACAGUCAUGGCUUGUCUCAGGCCUUUUCCCCAAAGAGUGACUCUGAACUGGUGGUCAGGCCUUCAGAGAGUUUGCUCAGAGCUGAGUCCCACAUGCAGUGGACCUGGGGAGAGUUUCCAGAAACAACCAGGGUCACCAAAAAAGAGAAAGCAGAACCACUAAAAACGGUGACCAUCACUCCAUCAGAGAGCACCCACUUCCGGGUCAUCCUCAGCUCCGAGGCCAUGGAGGACGAGACAGAGAUCAAAAAGGAAGUUGGUGCCUCUUCAGUGUGUACUAUCGUCAAGCCCGAGCCACGCACCCCUAUCACCACUGUAACACCGGUGAAUCCUCUCACAUCGGUCAGCACCAUAACCUCCGGGAGUCCUGUAACACCCACAGAGCCCCUGGAUGUCCUGCCACCCAGUGUGGCAACCUCCACCCCUUCCAGCAGCCAACAGAGUGAUUCACCCUCCAAGAAGAAAGGUGUCCCAAAGAGGAGUCAGCAUCAGGGUCCUGAGGAUAUCUACCUAGAUGACCUGAAUGUACUUGAACCUGAUGUUGCUGCACGAUAUUUUCCUAAGAGUGAGUCUGAGGCCGCCACUAAGCACUGGAUGGACUCGGAAAUGCGCUCUGGUUCACAGUCUCCUCAGUCGGUGGGUAGUGCUGCAGCUGACAGUGGGACAGAGUGUCUUUCUGACUCAGCCAGUGACCUCCCUGACGUCACCCUGUCUCUGUGUGGAGGCCUCACAGAAAAUGCUGAAAUAUCCAAAGAAAGGUUCAUGGAGCAUAUCAUCACCUAUCAUGAAUUUGCUGAAAAUCCAGCAAUUAUAGAUAACCCCAACCUGGUAGUAAAGAUAGGAAAUAGAUAUUAUAACUGGACUCUAGCUGCACCCUUAAUUUUAAGUCUACAAGCAUUUCAGAAGAAUUUACCAAAGGCUACAGAGGAGGCCUGGGUAAAGGAGAAAAUGCCAAAGAAGUCAGGCCGCUGGUGGUUCUGGCGAAAGAGGGCGGAUAGUACAAUCAAGCAGUCAGAAACUAAGCUUGAAACCAAGGAGGAGUCUCAUUUGGAGGAGGAAGGACCCACCAUGUCUCAGGAGAAGCUGGCCUUACCGCCUAAAGCAGGAGACUCAUCCAGCGAUGAAGAGGCCAAGGAGGUGAGCGCUGUAUCCUGUCAAGAGAGACUGCAGCCAGUAGAUGGUCAGCACCACCCCAGCCCACACACUUACAGGAAGUCCCUGCGUCUGUCUUCUGAUCAGAUAGCCAGUCUGAAACUGAAGGAGGGACCGAAUGAUGUGACGUUUAGCAUCACCACCCAGUACCAGGGCACAUGCCGCUGCGAGGGCACCAUCUACCUGUGGAACUGGGACGACAAAGUCAUUAUCUCUGACAUUGAUGGCACCAUCACCAAGUCAGAUGUGUUUGGACAGAUCCUGCCCCAGUUGGGGAAGGACUGGACCCACCAGGGCAUUGCCAAGCUCUACCACUCAGUAGCUGAGAACGGCUACAAGUUCUUGUACUGCUCAGCUCGGGCUAUUGGCAUGGCAGACAUGACAAGAGGUUACCUACAGUGGGUUAACGACGGAGGCACCAUCCUGCCCCGGGGACCUCUCAUGCUGUCUCCCAGCAGCCUCUUCUCUGCCUUCCACAGGGAGGUCAUCGAGAAGAAACCGGAGAUCUUCAAGAUUGAAUGCCUUACAGACAUCAAGAACCUGUUCCAGCAUAACAAGCAGCCAUUCUACGCCGCCUUUGGGAAUAGAGCUAAUGAUGUGUUUGCCUAUAAGGAGGUGGGAGUUCCUGUGUGUAGGAUCUUCACAGUUAACCCUAAGGGUGAGCUGAUCCAGGAGCAGACCAAGGGCAACAAGUCUUCCUAUGGCAGGCUUAGUGAGCUGGUGGAGCAUGUGUUCCCUCUUUUGAGCAAAGAGCAGAACGAGGCCUUUGUCAUGCCAGAGUACAGCUCUUUCUGUUACUGGAGACAGCCCAUACCAGACAUCAACCCCGAUGAACUGCUCUGAUCGAGCUCACACGGAGACCCAGGUAUGCGUAUACACGCGACUAGACUGUGCACUUGAAUGCAGCUCCAGCAAAACAUGUGGACUGGAACCCCAACUUCCCUCCAUAAAACUCAAGACACACACAACUCUACACUGCGUGUGACACAGUAACAGGUUUAUGACCAUAAACACAAAAAAGCUAGUUUACUGUAAUUGCCCAUUAGAGAUGAGUGGAAGUUACCUCCAGAGCAGUAAAUCCUGGUGAAUAAUUGCUGAAAAAAAUCUCUUCCCUGGGAGACAAGAGACUAAUCACCAACUAAAUUAUCAUAUUUUCUCAUGCUGUGAAAGCAUCCGAACCCAGCGAGCACUCUUCAGUCCCCAUCACUGUACAGGGAGCGAGAUCGGAGAUGCAUCUCUUUUCUCUGUGACUCCUAGCAGAGAGGAUGAUCUGCUUUUGCCAUCAGGGGAGCGACAGAAGCCCCACACGAGGCAUUAGCCCUUGGCACUAGAGUCUGAGCUGUGCACAUGGAAAAGUUUUCACAUUUUCAGAACACCCUAAGGAAGUGAAAUGGAACAUUCAACGCAAAAGAGAUGUGCUGUUAAUUAAAACAGGAUAGGUAAUUAGCACAGGACAUUAGUCAUGUGCCCGGUAAUGUUUUGUUAUAGCUGCUACGCUUCCCUAGAAGCAGGUAUCCAUCCACUUUAUUUGGAGGCUUAAAAUAUCGAUAGUGGCUGGCAAAUAGCAAACUACGAACCAUUCACAGUCUUGAAUUUCCAGCAGCCUACUGUAAGAACAAGUAGGAGGGCUACUGUAGGUGUUCAGUUUUGUUUGGACAGACUGUGAUUAUUAACUCAGCGCUCGCGGACUCAGAUUUCAGAUGGCCACUUUUUCCUUGGAGAGGUUCAGAGUUAUGUUUGAUAUUGUCAAAAUUCAAGGUCAUACCUGGGAUAUACUUUCUGUCAACAAGUAUGUGAAGAUACACAGUUAGGUGUGACGUUAAAAACAAAAUGAAGCAGCUUCACGAUAUAUGGUCUUGGUGUUAUUUUAAUGUUUAUUCUGUUAUACAAGCUCUGGCGAAUCAAAUGUGUUUUUGUUAACAAUGGAGUCAUUAUUUAUAAUAACAGAUGUUUAAGUUAUUGAUUUCUAUCGUGACGCUUUUGCUUGUCUGAAAAAGUAAUUUAUCACAAAUGCAAUGUGGAAAUAAUUCAAAUCUGUUUUUUGUAUGGUUGGUCACAGGUUAACAUGCACUUAACAGUAACUGCUAGGUCUCAUAUGAGCUCCUUUUUUUUUUGUAUCCCAUUUUCACAAUGACCUGUAUUCCUUAUUUUACAUUGAAUCUUUUAACAUGUAAUGCACAUACACAUUCCUGAGCAAACCUCAGAAUCCGCAGCUUUAGUAUUAAAAUAUGUGUAAAUGUAAGAGAUGACGCUUGAGUUGAAACAGUGGAAAUAAGCAGAUCUGAAAAAGAGCUUAAAAUGAAGGAUUUCCGUUUGCGAUGUCGCCUGUAGGAAGACUAUGGGAUGAUGUCCGUACAUCUGUGUGUGUUUGUGUUUGUGUGUGCGUGCGUGCGUGUGUGCGUGCGUGUGUGCGUGCGUGCGUGCGUGCAUACCUAAUCGCUGAGUGCUGCUGCUGUUGGGGUUGACUGGAUCGUGCACCCUUUGCUUAUGUUCCCUCGGUGGCUUUACUGAGACUUAUCCAACGCACUUUGUCUAAGCUGCACCCAGAGACACAGACUCAGCGUGCCUCCCACCCACAUGCACUUCUCUGAAGGUCUUCGUAGACAGGAGACCAGAGUGUUCAAUUAAUGCAGAGGAAGAGUUCUAGUUUUACCUCUUUGUUGUGUGACUGACUCUCUGACACCACAGACAAAUCAGCUAUUCUGAAACGUGUCAGUGUGAGUAAUUGUUGAACGGUGGUUAUUAUUUGUUGGUUGCAAAGAAAAAUGUUGGAAUUAUAAAAAAAAAAAAAAAAAGGGAAUUAAAAACAAAAUAUUUGGGGUGCUGAAGAGACAUGAAGGUAGCACCACCUCCACCACUUGUGUGUGUGUAUGUGUGUGCAUGUGCAUGUGUGUGUGAGAGACAGAGUAAAGACUGAUCCUGUGCUUCUGCUGACCAGAGGAAGAGCCACUGGGUCUUGUUUGGGAAUAAACAGGAAAUACUUGAUUGUGUACAGGAAGCUUUUUGAAGUGCUUCAGUGGCAUUAUGUGUGUAUGUUUGAGGAAAACAGUUGUGUGCAGAUGAGCCACUCCACUGACAUGGAUCAUACCUCCAGCACAAGUACAACAGUAAGAUGAUGAUGAUGAUGAUGAUGACAUGUGCUUAGCGAGGAUUAAAAAUCAUAAAGGAGCAGGAGCGAGACUUAACAGACAAAACCAUUUGAUGGGGAAAAAAACAAACACAAAGCACAAUUGACGGUGAAAGCUGCAUCCAGAUCGUCAUCCAGAUAUAAGUCAUCAUUAUUUUUGCCUGAAGCGUUUCUGCAUUCACUCUGUGUCACCGAUGUUUUUGUGAUGAUUAAGACGCGUGUUUCGCUUUGAUACGUUUGCUCGUCCUCUACGAAGUGCGGUGAAGUCAAAUAGAUAUAUCUUAUAAUUAACAAAAUGAAUUCCAUUCUUUCUAUGAAAGUAAAGCAUCUUGUGUGGAAGAAUCACACUUCAUCCUCUAUGAUCCUGGGAUAUGUGGUAUAUAAUAUUGUUUUUUUCUCACUGCUCAACUGCUGUGGAAACUGAUCCAGUAUAUAUACUGAUCAUCGCAUUCUUCUGUCUUCGAUGCCUUUUUGUUUUAUCAUUUCUUCUGAAGUGUUUGAUCUUUUUUUGUGGAACUGUUUGUUUCGUUCCAUUCGGAGGUAACGCUUGUUAUUUGAUUGUGUCUGAACAACAGAAAUACCUUAAGUGUACGCUGUGUUUGAUUUGUAUAGAAACGUGGUUCAAAGUAUGUUUAAUGAAGAAAAUCUGUUGUAAGAGGAAAAAAAAAAAUACAGGCCUAAUAAAGCUAACAAAGUGUG